CAGUACCUAUAAUGUUUCAGGCAGGCGUCUAAGGGACAAAUGUGUGCAGGCAAGGGCUGAUUCAUGCAAAAAAAGAGGUAUGUUGUAAAAAGUUUAAAGAUGGCCAGGAGGAAAAAUGCUGCAACAUUUUUUCUUUUAUUAUCUGUAGUAUUUUUGUCGUGGGGGGUUGGUCACGGAGGCCGGAUUUUAGUCGUCCCUUUUGAGGGAAGCCACUGGGUGAACAUGGAGAUCAUCCUCAAAGCUCUGCACUCCCAGGGACACGCCAUCGACGUGGUGCGAACCAAUAUCAGCUGGUACAUCAAGGACGACUCUCCUCACUACAAGGCAAUCACAGUUCCAGUCCUCAGAACGUUUAAUCAGGAUUUUAUUAAUCCCAUCAUCCAAAAGGUAAUUACCAUAGAGAGGGCGUUUUCCUUUUCCUUUUCUAUUAGCUGUCUUAUGACCUUUGUCAGUUUGCAGCUUGAAAUGUUUGAAUCAAUGUCUGACAUGCAUGGGAUUAUGUGUGAACUGGUCACUACCAUGUUAGAGGAUGAAGAACUGAUGAUUACUUUAAAAACAAACAAUUAUGACCUGGUUCUCACUGAUCCAGCAAUGGGAGCAGGUAUCAUUUUGGCUCAUGCUCUUAAACUACCACUUGUCUAUAAUGUGAGAUGGGUUACCAGUGGGGAGGGGCACUUGGCCAUAGCCCCUUCUCCCUUAUCUUAUAUCCCAAUUACCGGCUCUGGACUCACAGAUAAAAUGUCUUUCAUGCAAAGAGUCAAAAAUGUUAUUUUCUAUGCCAUCUGGGAAACCCAGGACAGGUUUUUUAUCCGACCCCAGUACCAAGCUGUCUGUGAGCGAUUCUUUGGAUCCGAAGUUAGAUACAGACACUUAUUACAGGGGGCAGAUCUGUGGCUCAUGAGAGUGGACUUUGUGUUUGAGUUCCCUCGUCCCACAAUGCCGAAUGUAGUCUACAUAGGAGGCUUUCACUGUAAACCCGCAAAGCCUCUUCCUGAACAUCUGGAGGAGUUUGUGCAGAGUUCUGGAGAGCACGGAGUCAUCAUCAUGUCUCUGGGAACAUUCGUUAGUGAACUUCCUGAUGACAUGGCAGAUGAGAUUGCUGCAACUUUUGCUAAAUUACCACAGAAAGUCAUCUGGAGGUAUAAAGGAAAGAGACCUGCCACCCUGGGCAACAACACUCUGGUGGUGGACUGGAUGCCCCAGAAUGACCUCUUAGGGCAUCCAAAGAUAAAGUUGUUUGUGGCUCACGGAGGAACAAACGGAGUCCAAGAAGCCAUUUAUCACGGAGUUCCAGUUGUGGGACUACCCGUGUUUUUUGACCAGUAUGACAACCUUCUCCGUCUGCAAGAGAGAGGAUCUGCUAAAAUUCUCACAUUAGCUACAGUGGACAAAGAUGACAACUUCCCAAAGGCCAUACAAGAAGUCCUGAACGAUCCCUCGUACAGGAUGAACAUGCAGAGACUCUCCAGACUGUACAGAGAUCAGCUAAUGAACCCGCUGGACACGGCUCUCUUCUGGAUCGAGUUCAUCAUGAGACACAAAGGUGCUGCUCACCUGAGAACCGAGUCCUACCGACUACCCUGGUACUCCUACUACUCCGUGGAUACAGUUCUGUUCCUGACUGGAGCGCCAUUGUUUCUGCUUUUAAACACUGUGAUCUUCAUCAGGCUUUUAUGUAAAGCAAUGAGUAAACGGAAAGUGAAACAUGAGUAAUUAUACAUGUGAAAAAGUUGUCUGUCCCUACUUCAAUCCUCUUUGUUUAAAAAAGAACAUAAAAAUCAUCUUAUUCUAUUGGUUCACAUGAUUAUGCAGAUACAGCUUCUGACAAAUGACAUAACUAUAACUAUUCUGUCCCCACUUUGCUAUCUAUUUGACAAAAAAGAAGCAAAAAAGUAUGUGAGCAGUACUAAGUGUGUCCAUGGUUUAAUUGUUCAUAUAUGCACUUUUAGCCGCAGAAAUAAACCGAAGCAGUCGUUUCCUGUAACACUGCUUUCAUUCAUUAAGGUUUUUUGGUUUUCACUUGUGCAGGCUCCUUUAAGGUCCUGCCACUGUAUUUCAGAGGUGUUGAGGUCUGGACUUUUCCUUAGUCUUUGGACAACCUUAAUUCUUUUCAGCCAUUCAUAUGUAAAUGUGCUUCUGAUCAUUUUCCUGCUGCAUGACCAAAUUCAUUAGCCUGAACUUUCAUUUUUGCAAAGAUAGCCUGACAUUUCCCUCUGUUGUGGGGCCCUGAUCCGUUUCUUGCCACAUUGCAGCUGAGACAGGUUCCAGCUCCCCCGUGAUUUUGAAUAAAAUUGAAAUGGGUCUGGAAAAUGCUGGAUGACUGCACUCUACCUUCUGUCAGGUUUCAAAUGUAUGUAUGUAAAAUACAUAUGGGCUGUACAUAACAUCAAGUUUGACAAACUCUACAAAUUGUGUUUAUUACCUGAGUGUUUUCAUAUAACUUUCAUCUAGGGAUGCACCGAUACUGAUACCGAUACUGGUAUGGAGCAGAUACUCGUCUAACAUACUCCUACUCUUACCCUUAAAGUUAACCGAUACCAUGAACCAAUACCUAUUUAUUACAUACAAUGGCUUUGCAUGAAG